GUUUUGAAGACCACGAUCACAUGGAUAUAUCUAACUAAAUGGUACCAAGGGACAUGCUGGUCCUUUAGAGAGCACAUCUACAUUGCUGGUUAAUCUCCUACUUUACUGUUCAACAUAGAACAUUGAUUGAUUCUAUCUAUCAAAAACCUCCUACUUUUCCUCACCAUGCUGUCUUUAUGUGCUUGAUAUCUUUUCCUAAAAUGGUCCUUCUGUUGAUACUGGCAGUCCUACUUUUGAAAGAAGAUGUCCGUGGGAGUGCACAGUCCAACGAGAGAAGGGUCGUGGCUCAUAUGCCGGGUGACAUCAUUAUCGGAGCUCUCUUUUCUGUCCAUCAUCAGCCCACGGUGGACAAAGUUCAUGAGAGGAAGUGCGGGGCAGUCCGUGAACAGUAUGGCAUUCAGAGAGUGGAGGCUAUGCUGCAUACUCUGGAGAGGAUCAACUCAGAUCCCACUCUCUUGCCUAACAUCACACUGGGAUGUGAGAUAAGGGAUUCCUGCUGGCAUUCAGCUGUAGCCCUAGAGCAGAGCAUUGAAUUCAUAAGGGACUCUCUCAUUUCUGCAGAAGAGGAAGAGGGCUUGGUGCGCUGUGUGGAUGGCUCUUCUUCUUUCCGCUCCAAAAAGCCCAUAGUAGGGGUCAUUGGACCUGGUUCCAGUUCUGUAGCCAUUCAGGUUCAGAACUUGCUCCAGCUUUUCAACAUACCUCAAAUUGCUUACUCAGCAACAAGCAUGGAUCUGAGUGACAAGACUCUGUUCAAGUACUUCAUGAGGGUUGUGCCUUCAGAUGCUCAGCAGGCACGGGCUAUGGUGGACAUAGUGAAGAGGUACAACUGGACAUAUGUGUCAGCUGUGCACACAGAAGGCAACUAUGGAGAAAGUGGGAUGGAGGCUUUCAAAGACAUGUCAGCCAAGGAAGGAAUUUGCAUCGCCCACUCUUACAAAAUUUACAGCAACGCAGGGGAGCAGAGCUUUGAUAAGCUGCUGAAGAAGCUAAGAAGCCACUUGCCCAAGGCCCGGGUGGUGGCCUGCUUCUGUGAGGGGAUGACAGUGAGAGGUCUGCUCAUGGCUAUGAGGCGUCUGGGCCUUGUAGGAGAGUUUCUGCUCCUGGGCAGUGAUGGCUGGGCUGACAGGUAUGAUGUGACAGAUGGCUAUCAGCGAGAAGCUGUGGGUGGAAUCACAAUCAAGCUCCAAUCACCUGAUGUCAAGUGGUUUGAUGAUUAUUAUCUGAAGCUCCGGCCAGAAACAAACCUCAGAAAUCCUUGGUUUCAAGAAUUUUGGCAGCAUCGCUUUCAGUGUCGGCUGGAAGGGUUUGCACAGGAGAACAGCAAAUAUAACAAGACUUGUAAUAGUUCUUUGACUCUGAGAACACAUCAUGUUCAAGAUUCUAAAAUGGGAUUCGUAAUCAACGCAAUUUACUCCAUGGCCUAUGGGCUCCACAACAUGCAGAUGUCCCUUUGCCCAGGCUACGCGGGUCUCUGCGAUGCAAUGAAACCAAUUGAUGGGCGGAAACUUUUAGACUCCUUAAUGAAAACCAACUUUACUGGUGUUUCUGGAGAUAUGAUCCUAUUUGAUGAGAAUGGAGACUCCCCAGGAAGGUAUGAAAUCAUGAAUUUUAAGGAAAUGGGAAAAGAUUAUUUUGAUUACAUCAAUGUUGGAAGCUGGGACAAUGGAGAAUUAAAAAUGGAUGAUGAUGAGGUGUGGUCCAAGAAAAACACCAUCAUCCGAUCCGUAUGCAGUGAGCCAUGUGAGAAAGGCCAGAUAAAGGUGAUCCGGAAGGGAGAAGUCAGCUGUUGCUGGACCUGUACACCUUGUAAAGAGAACGAGUAUGUCUUUGAUGAGUACACCUGCAAGGCAUGCCAGCUGGGGUCCUGGCCUACUGAUGACCUUACAGGUUGUGAUUUGAUCCCUGUACAGUAUCUUCGCUGGGGUGACCCUGAGCCCAUUGCAGCUGUGGUGUUUGCCUGCCUCGGCCUACUGGCUACCCUGUUUGUUACUGCAGUCUUCAUCAUUUACCGUGACACACCAGUAGUCAAGUCCUCCAGCAGGGAGCUCUGCUACAUUAUCCUUGCUGGCAUCUGCCUGGGUUACCUAUGUACCUUCUGUCUCAUCGCAAAGCCCAAACAGAUUUAUUGCUACCUUCAGCGAAUUGGCAUCGGCCUCUCCCCUGCUAUGAGCUACUCAGCCCUUGUAACCAAAACCAACCGUAUUGCAAGGAUCCUGGCUGGCAGCAAGAAGAAGAUCUGUACCAAAAAGCCCAGAUUCAUGAGUGCCUGUGCUCAGUUAGUGAUUGCUUUCAUUCUCAUAUGCAUUCAGUUAGGCAUCAUUGUUGCUCUCUUUAUAAUGGAGCCUCCUGACAUCAUGCAUGACUACCCAAGCAUUCGGGAAGUCUACCUGAUUUGUAACACCACCAACCUAGGAGUAGUCACUCCUCUUGGAUACAAUGGAUUGUUGAUUUUAAGCUGCACCUUCUAUGCGUUCAAGACCCGAAAUGUUCCAGCUAACUUCAACGAGGCCAAGUACAUUGCCUUUACAAUGUACACCACCUGCAUUAUAUGGCUGGCCUUUGUGCCAAUCUACUUUGGCAGCAACUACAAAAUCAUCACCAUGUGUUUUUCAGUCAGUCUAAGUGCCACAGUGGCUCUAGGCUGUAUGUUUGUGCCAAAGGUAUACAUCAUCCUGGCCAAACCAGAGAGAAAUGUGCGCAGCGCCUUUACCACAUCUACCGUGGUGCGCAUGCAUGUGGGGGAUGGCAAGUCAUCCUCAGCGGCCAGCAGAUCCAGCAGCCUAGUCAACCUCUGGAAGAGGAGGGGAUCCUCUGGGGAAACCCUAAGGUACAAAGACAGGAGACUGGCUCAGCACAAGUCGGAAAUAGAAUGUUUCACCCCCAAAGGGAGUAUGGGGAAUGGUGGGAGAGCAACAAUGAGCAGCUCUAAUGGAAAAUCCGUCACAUGGGCUCAGAAUGAGAAGAGUACCCGAGGUCAGCACCUGUGGCAGCGCCUGUCCAUUCACAUCAACAAGAAAGAGAACCCCAACCAAACGGCCAUCAUCAAGCCCUUUCCUAAGAGCACAGAAAUCCGCAGCCUAGGCUCCAGCAGCUUGGGAGCAAGCACAGCUGCAAGCGCAGGCGGUGCGGGCUGUUCGGGCGCGGGCCCCAGCGCGCCUGAGGCCCAAGAUGCGGGCCCCAAGGCGCUGUACGAUGUGGCGGAGGCAGAGGAGCAAUUCCCCGCGCCGGUGCGGCCGCGCUCGCCCUCGCCCAUCAGCACGCUGAGCCACCGCGCGGGUUCUGCCAGCCGUACUGACGACGACGUGCCCUCGCUUCACUCGGAGCCCGCGGCGCGCAGCAGCUCCUCGCAGGGCUCUCUCAUGGAGCAGAUUAGCAGCGUGGUGACCCGCUUCACCGCCAACAUCAGCGAGCUCAACUCCAUGAUGCUGUCCACCGCGGCUCCUGGCCCUGGCGUGGGCACCCCGCUCUGCUCCACCUACCUGAUCCCUAAAGAGAUCCAACUGCCCACGACCAUGACCACGUUUGCGGAAAUCCAGCCUCUGCCCGCCAUGGAGGUCCCAGGCGGCGCACAGCCUGCGGUGGGGGCCCCGCCGGCCGGGGGCGCUGCCCGGGAGACCCCGGUGGCCGGGCCUGAGACUGCGGCAGCAGGCAAACCGGACUUGGAGGAGUUGGUGGCUCUCACCCCGCCGUCCCCCUUUAGAGACUCGGUGGACUCCGGGAGUACAACCCCCAACUCGCCAGCGUCCGAGUCGGCCCUCUGUAUCCCAUCAUCUCCCAAAUAUGACACACUUAUCAUAAGAGAUUACACUCAGAGCUCCUCAUCGUUGUGAAUGUCAUUGGAAACCACCACUUGCAGUUCCACAAGCAGAAAGCCAAGACCUCCGGUGUUCACACAGAUACAGUGACAAACAAAGUCACCUAGUUAAGACCUGAGGUGGGAGAUGCCGAGUAUAUCUGUUAUGGAAACAUAAGAUUAAUAGUGCUAUUUAACAACAACCGACGAUAACAACUACAAAUCUUUUGGCAGAUUUUCUUCUAGUGGCCUUAGAAAACAUGGGCUUAUAAGAAACACAGCUUAUAUUUUUGAGGGCUGACAAGGAGUCUGUUGAAACAGUUACAAAUCAAGUGCUUUGCUCUAGGGAAACAGCAUAAUGGAGGAGGGGGAGCAUAGUUAAUAAGCAACUGUAAAAAAAAAAAAAAAGUUUGUUUACUUUAAUUCUUUGCCCAGAAGAUACUUUGAUUCACCAAACAUGAAUGUACAUUUUCUAACAAACUCAAAAUCUGGGACCAAACAUCCACCCUUUGUCCUUUUAUUUCGUUUAACCUCUUCUUUAAAGACCUUGAAAAGUAAUAACUUGAAUCCAGUAUUUACUGAGGUGGGCUGAGCGUCCCAAGCGUAACACAAAACUGGAUGGUGAGUACUGCAUUAAGGAAAGUAGGGCUUUUACCCGAGACUUUCCUCUCCAGUUUGGUUGUGAAAUUCUCUUUCAAAAGCCUGCAUCCGGGAUUCCACCUAGUUAUUUGAGAUUCACCUCCAUUAACCAAGAAAACCAGUGGAAGAUUUCUUGACUAUUUCACCAUGUUGCCAAUCAAUACUGGAGUAGCAAAAAAAAAAAAAAAAAAAAAAUUUCUGGAAUACUAUUUUGUAAUUCCCUCACUGGGGUGCAUUGUGUAGCUGGAAAUUCUCUUUGUAAUAAUUCUUGAGCUGCAGCCCAGGCUGCAUGAAACACGGCCACUCCUUAUGAAUGCUGUUACGUUAGUAUUGCCAGCUAAACUACUAAAGUAUGCAUUUGGGCUUCUUCAUUCGUUUCUUUUGAGAACCUGAUGCACAAAGAACUCUUCUGUUCUUUUCUGAGUUUGACCACUGGAAGAGUGCUGCAUCGAUGCAACGAAGACAUUGUCAUGCCUGGAUGGACUGUUGUUUGAAGAAUCAACAAAAUCUUAAUACAUUGGAAAUUUUAAACUGUAUCACGUCGAUUUAGCAGAUAUUUAGCUAUGCCAGUGAGGAGUGAUUUUAAUAUUUCUUGGCUGCUUAAGCAGGGCAGCUAUGAACUAUGACAAAUGUAGAUUUUUCAAAGCAAUACAGAAUACUAAAAGGAAUCUUAAUGAAACAAACCACACAAUCUUUCUUAGCCAUUCCAAAAGAAGCAAAGCAAUGAUUAGUAUUUUCCUUUUAAAAAUAAGUAUUAGUAUAAUUUUGUGCACUUCAUACUGUCACUUUUUAAAUAUUGCAGAAGAGAUUUAAAGUUAUAAUAGAAAAACAUGUGAUUUGAUAGGCGCACAUAGAUAGAAUUCAUAGCUCAAGACCAGAAACCACUGUCAUCUCUUUCUUCCUCCCAUUACAGCUAUCCUCAGGUGCCAAAUAUUUUCGUUUUAUAAAUAAGGAUAGUAAUAAAAAGGGGAAGGUAUCCUAAAAUUCAAAGUUGAGUUGACUCAGCCUUACACAAAGAUAGCCUUAUUAGAAAGAUUUAUUGUGAGGCAGAAGUAUAUUUAUGGCAGAGAGAAAAAUAAAUAGAAACUUUUCCUUUAGUUCAAUUUCCUUAUUUUGGUAUAUAUUUUUCAUUCCACAUAUAUUUUUAAAAACAGUAACUGAGAAAUGGAGAUAUAUCCAUUGACAUAAUUUAAUAUUCUCUACUUUUAAAAGUCACAACAAAUAUACUGCUUGUUGACUUUCCUGAUAUCUGUUCUUACAUUAUUUCCAUCAAAUCUACCAACAUGAAGCAUCAGAAGCUGAUAUUAACCUGUUGUUUUUUCAAAAGUCAGACCUCCCAUGCACAUUUUAAAAUAGUAUCAUCAGAACACCCUAUUAUAAUAAUCUCAAUUAUUAUAAUGAGGCUCUUUAAACAGAAGUAAAAUCUAGCUAAAUUUAUGGUUACAUUGGAAGCAAAUGUCUGUAGGUACCAGAAAAACAAAGACAAAUAUUUUGAAAUAUUCAUAUUCCUGAAUUAUCAUCAACAGGGUAACAUUAGCCUGAAUAUUGCUGUCUGAUUUCUUAGACAUUGAAACUUUUCUAAAAUACUCUACUAAGUUCUGAAACUUAUUUUAUAAAAUCCUUAUGUUGAUUUCCAUUUUAUUCUGAAGUACAAUAUAUACUUUCAUCUGCUAAUCGGAACAUUUAAAAACUUUAUUCAUGAUUCAAUUUCUUUUCUAAUUUAUUAGUAACAUAUUUCUUUAGAAAGAAUUAUCUUAUGAGAAAAUUCAUUUAAAAUGAUAAUUUAAUGCAAAUAAAUUACCAUCUGAUAAUUCCAUAAGAACUCAUAAUCAAGCAACUAUAAUUAGAAAAAUCAUUUAAAAAUUAGUCAAGAACAAGAUGUACUUUUUUCUGUAUUUCUAUAACCUUUACCAUCUAAAUGAAUACAUUGUGUAUAUGGGACAUAAUAUCAUUAAUAAUACAUUCUUGAAAUUAUUUAUUUUGGAAUGAUGCUAACUCUGUCUCUUUGCCAAUUCUAAUACCAGGUUCCAAGUAUUAAAUCUACAAUACAAAAAGAACUGACUAUUCAUCCUAGGGCUAGGAAAUGAACUUCACAAAUCAUUAGGUUACUUUUUCUUGUUGAAUUUCCUUGAGAACAAUCUGUUCCUGGUACCCUGUGAUAAUUCAGCCAGGACCAGUAUGACUACCAGAAGGGAAAAUUACAGUGAGUUGCUAAGGCUCAGAAAAGUCAUCACAAAAAGAGUUUGGUCCCAUGACGAAAGCAACAAGAUGUGGUUGGUAAAGUUAUGAUGACUACCUAAGCCAUUCUCUCACCCUUCUCUUCUGGGAGAGGAGUGUGGGCAGUCUAAGAAGAUCAUAUCUAGAUUGGAAAGAACCAUCUUUCACCAUUAGGGGAUUGGGAACAAAGAAGAAUAGAAAAAGAAAAAUCAUGUAAGACUUGACUGAAGCAAUGAAAUAAAGCAAAUCCUUCAAUGUGCUUAUCUUCAAAAGCGACAGUCUUUCCCAAACUACUCCUGGUACCAGCAUGUGAUCAGAAAGACUAGGGGGGUAUUUCUGACUGUAAAUGAAUUAUUUAAUGACUUGGCUGCAGUUUUGUGACUUCCAAACCAGGAAUUAAACACUCUUUUUAAGGAAAAUAAAAUAAAAUAAAAUUUCCUAUGCUAGUCUCCCAGCAAAAUGUAUAUGUUUUGGAGACUUCACAGGUAUUAUCUGAGUUCACAUUUUAGCAACAGCUUAUUAAUAACCCUAAAGCUGUCAGAAUCUCUAUAGUUACCAUUUACAAUUUUAUACUGUGAAAAAAAAUACAGAUCAGUGAAAGCAUAAAGAUAAAUCAGAAUUCAUUCUGAAGAGCGACUAAGGCCUGGGAGAAUACUAUCAAUUGCAGAAUGAGGCAUGUAUAAAAGUUGGCUGAAUUUCACUGAUCUUUCCAAUGUGAACAAAUAUACUAUGUAUAUUGUGUGUAUUUCUAGAAUUCAAUGGCAGCUGCUGGUGGUGUGGUAAUUAGAAAUCUAUAUAGAAUAUAGAUGUUUUAGGAGAUGGUGCCAAUUCUGAACAUUUUAUGUGGGCUAAAAGUGCUUGUACUUAAUUUUUUCUGCACUUACAAUUGAUUUGGUUUAAAAAUUGUGUGCGUGUAUCUGUUCUUUUUUCUGUUGUUGCCGCUUGUACUAUUAAAAUAAUAGAGAAUGUUAAAUUAUUUUGAUGUGAAUUGCAAAUGAUUUUUUUCAUAAAGUUAAACAUUUUUAUCAGCUUUGUACUGUAUAAAUGUAUUUCAUUUUAGCAUUUUAAAAUACAGUUGCCUGUUUCUCAGUUGUCUAAAUCAUGUUAUAGUUGGUGUUUGUGAAGUCAGUUAUUUUUGAGAAUAUUAAAAAAGAGGCUGCAAUAUGA